GUCGGCGCAGGAGGCUGUUGCCACCACCACCGCCACUCUUUAUCUCUCUACGCAGUACGUUACCGGCCAGUGCGGGUCUACAUGUCCUGCUCCGUGUAGCAGGAAUCACUCUGGCAACACGAAAAGAUAACAUCCCAAUGGCGAGGCGGUGUGUGUCGGGCAGGCAGCCCUUCACUAUGUUGCCUUCCACACGUGUCUCAAUGUUUGUAAUGUUUUGGCUACUGACAGAGGGUUGGUGCAGCCAACCUACACACAGUUCUGCUGGCAACUCACUGAUGAGUCUACACGCGGACAUGACAACCGACUCUGUACCAACACCACUGCCGCCGCGCGUCUCUCAGCUCCCGGUCUCUCAGGAAGAUGCGUCAGGUGCUCAUGGCGCAUUGAAUCACUUCAAAGUGGCUGGGAGAAGUGAUGUUGGUGACGAUCAUACAUUAAUAUUCGUGAAAGACUCGGAGAUCAAGACACCCGUUACACAAGAGGAGCCAAGUCGCUACGAUCAUGAUGCAGAUGAAGCACUCGCGAACAACACCCAACUGAACAUGCCAAUAAUGGGUGUAAGUGAAGACAGUGUUGUGCGGGCAGUUGCGACAAACAAUAAGACAGUGGAUGAUAUUAUGAUGAGAACUAGUGUACUGAACGUCUCUUCAGACCCCCAUCAGAAGCACAUUCGCAUCAACAGAACUUCAGGAAAUAUACACCCGUUAAUGAAUAUGACUCUGGCAAGUCACGCACAAGACGAUGAAGAACUAGUAAACAGUGAUCACAUGAUCGGAAACACCAACACUAACAUCUUAAGGCGCAAUUCUGCUCAUGUUAGAUCCCAGAAACCAGUACAAUCUGUACCUGCUAAAAAUACUAAUAAUGUAACAGUAAAGAGAUACAGGCGCGUCCCACUCCAUGAUGAUGUUCCAGUGAACAAGGAAAGCUUUCUCUUGCAGUCUGAUGGUCAAAAAACAAUGCUGGAAUCGAACUCACGAAAACAUGAAAAUUCAACCAUUGUUGAAGACAUUUCUAAGGAGACGCGAGUGAGGAAGUGCUUCGGUAUCAAUGAAUUCUUUAACUUUAAAACUCGUAGACGUGAAACGCUGGAGGACAAUACAGCGUUCACAAUACUGGUGCGUAGCCUGCUGGAGAAGAAUGUGAAUACCGACCUGAGGAUCGUCCCUUUAAUAAUGGGACAAUGCCAAGACCCUGGUGAUGAAAAAAAACGUGAACCAAUAGACUUUACGUCUCACUCCAUCUUACCUUUUGGUUACCUAAGAGACCUCAAAUCAAAACUUAAUUAUGAUCAAGAUCACUACUGUUUGGAAAUGGAAGCUCCAGAUGCUGAGAAUAUUUCCUCUGGCAUUCUUAGCAAAAUUUUCUGUCCCUUACGACCCAUUGAGGUUUCCACAAGGAAGUGUUGUGGCGUCAACGAAUACUUCAACCUUACUGAUAAACACUGUCAUCCGAGGUCGUCCAAUGUGAGUGAAUAUAAUGAUUUAGUGCAAGAAUUCACAAGGAAUUACCCAGGAGUGACGUCCAUCCACUGGAACACCUCGAAGCUCAUUUGCAGGCACGGUGAGCCCCGAAGAGUCAGCACCGACCAAGCCUUUCUCGACUCCUCGAACCAACUGUGUGAACGCCAGUCUGGACAGUGUUACCCGAGCUCACUCUACUGUAUUGAAUAUUCAUGGGGAGAAGGUACUCCAGCGAUGGUGGCUGAGGCAUCUAUAUGUCCCGUUGACUCCUUCUACAAAUGCUGUCCCCGCGGCCAUAUACUUACUAAGUCUGGCUGCAUUAGUGCCUCGAGGGAAGAUGUCUCGCCAUAUAUGUUGCAGUUGCUGGAAGAAAUGGAACCUAAAUUUGGUAUUCCUGCUAGAACCAAUGAUUGCCAUUGCGUUGAAAAGCUGAUCAAUGUUAGUGACUCUAAUAUUCAUUGGUGGAAGAGCAUGCCUCAAUAUCCCCCAGUAGACAUAAAGGCAAAAAAUUCCUCUGCCAUUCGGUACUGUGUAGAUGAUUAUCGCGGCCCGGACAACCACACUGUAACAGUUGCUAUCGUGUGUUACACCGAGGUGGGGAACGUACGCAAGUGCUGUCCCUGCGGCCAGUACAUGGAGAAUGGUACUUGCGUCUCCGACAGUCUGGGACUCUCACUACUGCACGACCCUCUGCUGAGUGCAGCUAACCUAACAAAGCUGACUGAUAAUUCUUUCCCUACUUGUGAAACUGAAAACGGCUACCAUGUUUACUACAUGGGCAGGAGGUCCUCCGAGGACUACGGGGAGAUGAUAGACAACCAGGAGCUACAGCUGGUAAAUAUGGACGCGGGCUGCCGCCUUAAUAAUAAAACUAUCAAACGUGAGAAUUACUGCCUUGAAUACUUCGGGAAUGCUACAGUCCAACAUCUGAAGGUGAUGAUGUGUGUAAGGUCGUCCAUGGACAUGGGCGUGAACAGCGAAAAUUUGUGGGCGAAGGCGGUGCUGCUGACCUUGUCCUGCGUGGCCCUGCUGGCCACCACCUUGUACCUCCUCCCCCAGAAGGUCAACAAAGGCUACUCCGUCAGAAAGGUGAAGAUGCUGGCUGGGCGGCUCCAGCUGAGCUACGUGUUGACCUCCCUGGUUGGGUUCCUGCUCCUGGCCGUCAACAUGGUCGUACCGAUUUAUCAGGACAGUCUUGCGUGCUACAUCAUGUCCGGCCUCCUCACCUUCUUCCUCCUGGCGGGCUUCCAGUGGAACACCUCCAUUUGCCUCGAGGCUCUGCUGAUAACACUGAGCUUCAGAAUGUUUGGUGAAGAUGAGGGCUGGCGGUACAUACUACACUCACUGUGGGCUUGGGGCGUGCCGGGGCUCAUCACCAGCCUCGCCCUCACCCUCAACCACUACCGCGCCUCCCUCCCCUGCAGCGUCAUCACCCCCAGGAUUGGUCUCAAAAACUGCUUCUUCUCUGACCAGAAGGCCAAACUGGUGUAUCUGUACGUGCCCAUGUUGCUGACGCUGUGUGCCAACACCUUCCUGCUGGUUGCCUCCCGCUGCGUCCGCUCAGCAAACCUGCGCCGAAUGGAAAAGGGUUAGUUUAGUUCAUAUAUUUAGCACCCAACUAUAUCCAUACUGUGAGUGGCAGUGAAAAUGUUAGAGGCACAUAAAAGGGUCAUGAACUAAACCCCCCAUUAUUCGGUUAGCAUGUUACAUCAUGUAUGAUAACCGGUUUCGCUGGGAUUGUGAAGAUGUUUUGACAGUGUGUCACAUCACGGAGACUAGGAACUAGA